AUGUCGGGGAAAGCAAAAUUCCGAGGCAUAUAUCUGAUUUUGGAUUGGGCUGGGUCAAGAAGCAGCGCCGCCGCAAAACCGCGAGCUGGAGCUCGAGUCGUGCUGGAGACUCUGGUCUGGUACGAUGAAGAAUUCAAGACAAAAGUGGAACAGACAGGAGACCUCGGGUCCUUCGUAAAAUACAUCAUUAAUUCGAUGAAUGCCAGACUGCUAAUGGAAUUUAAAAACAUCACCAUCCAACUUAUCCUCGUUAAAAUUGAAGCAGUACCGGACGGUGCAAGCUUCUGGACGAGCGAAAAUGGUGAACCCCGCCUGUGGCCGCAGACCUCUUCUACGAGUAUGUACCACUAUAUUCGCGAUGAAGCAACUGACGAGGUGAAAAAUACAGAUGUCGUGUUCUUCCUAUCCGGGUAA